CGCGCCUGAACAUCACAGCCUCAACACACAAACCAUCACUAUCACCGGCUGAUUACCUCAACAAGAGCGAUCGCACAGGUCUCCAAGAUGCCCAAGUUCUUCUGCGAUUAUUGCGAUGUCUACCUCACGCACGAUUCCAUGAGCGUGCGCAAGGCUCACAACAGUGGUCGAAACCAUCUGCGAAACGUGGUUGACUAUUACCAACAAAUCGGCCACGAGAAGGCUCAAUCCGUCAUCGACUCCAUCACCUCUUCUUAUGCUGCUGAAGGCCAAGCACACGCAAAUCCUAUGCUUCCUCAUAAUCAACCUGGACACGGUUUCCCUCCACCUCCCUUCGCGUUCCCAGGUGGUAUCCCUCCUCCGCCUUUCCCGGGGAUGCCAGGUGCGCCUCCUGGACAAUUUCCUCAAGGACUACCUCGUAAGCACACCUUUUACCCUCAAAAGACGAAGCCAUUUCUGACAGAAUCCAGCCCCUCCUGGCGGUGGUCGAGGCAUGCCCCCCAUGCCCCCAUUCCCGGGGCCCAAUGGCAUGCCUGUCCCUCCUAACGGUCUUCCAUUUCCCCCUCCUCCAGGCGGCUUCCCGUUCCCUCCUCCAGGCGCCCCAGGAGGACCUGGUGCUGCCGGUGGUGCCCCUCCUCCUUUUCCUGGCAUGCCUGGCAUGCCUCCGCCCGGCCAAGGAUUUCCACCACACGGAUUCGCUCCUCCCGGAGCCGGAGCUCCCGGACAUGAGAAGCGAUGAGUGACAUUCCUAUGGCAAGGAUGAAGUUUGGGCUGAUUACAGCCAUAGCAUCAUUGGCGAAUUGGGCGUUAGACAAGAACUGGGAAGAUGGAAAUUAUUCCCAGUUGGAGAUACUGCGAAGUAAAUGUUUUCUUUAAUAUGAUGUGGGCUCCCGGCCACGGGAUGGGCAAAGGGCGUCUAUCAAUUCCGAUUUAUUGGAUGGCUACAGGAAUAUAUGGUCCUGUUACUGCCGUAUUAGUCAGGCAAAUAUUGUGUGUAUAUUCAUUCAUGUGCGUGCGUGUGUACUGGUAAUUAUCAUACAUGAGAGUUACCCUCUUCAAUGUCAAAGUAUCCUCCAACUAGUUCCCAUAUAGAAUCUCUUCAAAAACAAAUCCCAGAUAGCAUAUCAUAAGCAAUAUCAUUUUCAUAACCCUCCA